AUGGAGCUAAUCAACAACGAUGAGAUGAUAAGUGCAUUUUUGGAUACUUCUAUUUGUUUUGAACAAUUAUAUCCCCAGCUAAGUGCCAUACCCACACUCGCGUCCAUCACCACAAACAAUACUUCUGCAGAACCUUUACCUCAUUUGGAAGAAAACACAGUUUCGUCAACAAGGGACGAUAAAUUUGAUUGCGAACCGUUUAGCUUUUGUGACGAGGUCACCAAUGACUGCACUUCUGGCUUACAGUGGACUGAGCUGUGUGAAAGCCAAUGGGCACAAUUCAAGGUCCUUUCAAUAGCCAACAACACCAAUUUGGAGCCACCGCCAAUCGAAUCACCUUUCAAUGAUCUACCUAUUCCAGAAAACUUGAGACCUGUGGAACCAUUGGAAGUGUAUAAUCACGAGGGGUUAGGAGAUCUUUUGAGUAUCGAGCAAAGCCCACAGUGCCACAAAAAAGUCUUUAGUUUAGCUUCACCGUUGCAAAUUCCUGACGAAGAGAAUUUUAUCAAGCCUGCAUUGACACCUAUGCCGGACCAGAGACCUCAAAUGUCUGACAUAAAUCCUGAGACCAGACAGCAUUUAUCCCUUUCACUUGCUACUAGAAGUAAAUCCUUCGAUGCAAAACAACUAAAAGGUAAAGACAUUUUCACCUAUAACUUCACCAACACUAGCAAGUCACAACGUUUCAAUAAAGUAAGCAAAUCUACAAAAGUUGCAUCCCAACAGUGGCGACCACCGUUGAAACCAUCAGUCACAAUCACAUCUAUCGAUACAUUUAGUCGCACGUCCAAAGUAUCAAGUUCAUCGGAAACAAUAUCAAAGACUAUGGUUUCAAAUGAAGAAGUAACAGGAACUGCAUCCAGAACACCCUCGAUUGUAAAUGUGGGGAAUCCGUUCUACAAGCCAAUACGUGGGAAAACAUGGAUUCCAAAUGUGAAUCGGAUACUGUGA